CGGUCGCUCUGUUAUGACGCAAAGCAGCGAUCAUCACCGUCUUCCUUCCUCUGGGCUGGCCCGCGGGUCGCGACCCCUGCUCCCGGGGAGCGGCUGAGGCUGUUGUCUGGCUAGCGGAGGCGCCUGGAAGCGCCAGCAAGGGGGGAACCCCGCCCCGGAGCAGAUGAUGGCUGAUCUAAGAGAAACCAUCACAUGAAGCUUGCUCAGUACGUCAUAAAAAUUUUACUGAUCUGUACCUCAGAUGAAGUAUCAAGUGUCAAAUGAGGCAAUAGUAGACCAAGAAUAUAAUCCAGCCUAUAGAAGUGAGCUAAGAAAACCAGGAGUAAUUAAUGCCUAGGUAGCUUGAUGGAUCUCAUUUCAAACCAAAGUCAUCCUUCAACCAAAGUAAGAAAGGGACCAUGCACAACCUGAACACAGAAUGCCAUUCCUAAAUAACUGAAGCGUGAAGAAACCCUCAUGAAUAUCAACCACGGAGAUCCGGAGAGCAUCACUGAUGUCUGCUCCACUGAGGACCUUCCUGAAGUAGAACUGGUGAACAUGCUGGAAGAACAGCUACCACAGUAUAAGCUGCGAGUGGACUCUGUGUAUCCGUAUGACAACCAAGACUGGCUCCAGGUCCCCUCCCGCUAUAGCCAUGUCCCCCAAACCAUCUCUCCUGUCCUUGCUGAGGAGACUUUCCAUUACAUGAUCUACUUUGUAGAUGUGAAUGGAGACAGCAACAUGGCACUAGAUAACAAGGACACUAAUCAAAAUGAAGAGUUACUUACAGCGUUUGCUAUGCAAGUCCUCGGCACAGACAGAGUGGAGCAGAUGACAAAAACCUACAAUGACGUUGACAUGGUGACACAUCUGUUAGCUGAGCGGGAUCGGGACCUGGAGCUAGCAGCUCGGAUUGGACAAGCCCUUCUUAAGCGGAACCAUGCCCUGACAGAACAGAAUGAAGUACUAGAAGAACAACUGGGACAAGCCUUUGACCAAGUUAACCAACUCCAGCAUGAACUAUCGAAGAAAGAUGCGUUGCUUCGUAUUGUUUCAAUUGCUUCUGAGGAAAGUGACACAGACUCCAGCUGCUCUACUCCACUUCGAUUCAAUGACUCCUUCAACCUGUCGCAUGAUCUGUUGCAGCUGGACGUCUUGCAGGACAAACUCAGGGAACUGGAGGAGGAGAACCUGGCUCUCCGAUCAAAGGCUUGUCAUCUAAAGACAGAAACGAUUACAUAUGAAGUGAAAGAGAGGGAGUUGGUCAGUGACUGUGUCAAAGAGCUCCGGGAAACACAUGCUCAAAUUGCCAGAAUGACAGAAGAGUUAUCAGGAAAGAGUGAAGAGCUGAUUCACUAUCAGGAAGAGAUCUCAACCCUCUUGUCUCAGAUUGUUGAUCUUCAGCAUAAACUCAAAGAGCAUGUGAUUGAAAAGGAGGAACUGAAACUUCACCUACAAGCUUCCAAAGAUGCCCAGAGAGAGCUGACAGGAGAGCUGCAUGAGUUACAGGAUCAGAAUGCAGAAUGUGUAGGGUUGUUGCAUGAAUUACAAGAAGAAGUGAAGGAGCUGCGCAGCAGAGCCAGCCCUGCUGCACAUCUCUGCCGCCCCCAGUCAUGUGGGGCAUUUCCUUUGGAUUCCCUUGCAGCAGAGAUUGAGGGGACAAUGCGGAUGGAGCUGAUUCUAGAUGAAGAAUCUGCUCUCAGUAAACAAAAGGUUCAGCAGAAACGGGUGUUUGAUACUGUCAAGGUUGCUAAUGUUACACGUGGUCGCUCUUCUUCAUUUCCUGCCCUGCUACCAAUCCCUGGAUCUAAUCGUUCAAGUGUUAUCAUGACCGCAAAGCCCUUUCAGUCUGGCCUACAACAAGUGGAAAGCAAGGCACAUCUGAACCAGAGGAGCAGCUCCAAGGAAAUCUCAGAGAAUAACCAAAAGCUGGGCCAGCCUGGGACCCCUGGAGACAAUGAUUUAGCUACAGCUCUGCACACACUUUGCCUCCGUCAGCAGAACUACCUGAGUGAAAAGCAGUUCUUUGAAGAGGAAUGGGAGCGUAAAAUGCGUUUGCUGGCUGACCAGAAAGAAGAGGCUGGUGACUGUUGCACACCAACAGAGAGUUGUCUGUCCUUGGGUACAAAGUCAGAAUUCGCUGACUUGUCUGCGGGCUCUCCCUGCCUCCGUGCGCUCCUGCCAGAGAAAUUACAAAUUGUUAAACCUCUCGAAGGAUCUCAGACUCUGUUCCACUGGCAGCAGCUUGCUCAACCCAACCUAGGUUCCAUCCUCGACCCACGGCCAGGUGUUGUCACAAAAGACUUUACCCCAUUACCUGAGGAUGCCGUCUAUCACAUCUCUGACUUGGAGGAAGAUGAGGAAGAAGGAGAAGGAGGUAUAACAUUUCAAGUGCAACAAUCCUUUCUGGAGGAAGGGAAACAUGCAGUGCCAAAGCCGGAGGCAGGGAUCUUCCUGCCACCUAUUACUUCAGCAACAGUGCCACUUGCUGCCUCAAAUCCAGGAAAGUGUCUCUCCUCCACAAACUCCACGUUCACAUUCACUACCUGUAGGAUCCUUCACCCCUCUGAUGUCACUCAAGUUACCCCCAGCUCCAUGUACACUCCAUUAUCAUUUGGAAAUAGUGGCAACAGUACUGGCAAUACAACGAUGAGCUCUCCAGCCAUGUCCUGUAGGUUUAGUAUUGGAGAAUUCCUCAUCGACAGAAGAGACUCUUCCACUACCUUGAGCACCACCACCAGUCUGGCUAAACUCUUGCAUGAACAAGGCAUCUCUGCCAAAGUUUGUGAUAGCCCCAUGCCAGAAAAGCUGCCUAUACUACAGACUCUACAAACCCUUCCCAUUCCCUCCACUCCCCCAAAUUCUCCCUCGCACUCACCUUGCUCGUCCCCUCCACCUUUUGAGACUCGAGCUUAUCUCUCUGAAAACUUUCUGGCAUCACGACCAGCUGAAACAUUCUUGCAGGAGAGGUGUGGCCUGAAACCAUCCCAUAACCCUCCUAACCUAGACCAAUUGAAGAUGAACCUGGUGGACAGGCUGAAGAGGUUGGGUAUUGCCAGAGCAGUCAAACCCCCUGGUACAGGAGACCAUGGAAAAAAUCAAAGGCCAGAAAUUGGCCUGCAGCGGCAGGACUCAGCUGUGUUUUUAAGUGCAGGUAGAAACCUGAUGGGUGGACUGAGAAGAAAUCAGAGUCUUCCAGUCAUGAUUGGGGCACAUGGAGCUCCAUUUUGUACAUCCUCGUCAAAAAUGGGUAUCUUAAAGGAAGACUAAGUGGUUUCCAAGUAACAGACUUCAAGCAGAACAAAUAAUACAUUACGGCUGAACAUCUGAUACAGGUGUGGAAUGGAGAGUUGCAGAAGGAAUGUGCAUGUUAAAGUGGAAAAAGAAAGGGAGAUGGGGUGAGAGAAAGAGUUUGCAUGGAGUUGAGGAAGGAAGAAGGAGGAGUUGGGAAGAGAUCGCAGGAAAGAAGAAACCAAAGCUAAAUCUUGAGACCCUUUAGACAUCUGACUUCCUGGCUUAAAUAAAAGAAGACAAUAUCAAAUGCUUGUCAGUUAUCCUCCACUUUCAGAUGUAUGUGUCUAGGACAAUAAAUGUCUUGUAGAACGGUCUGUCUCCCCCUUUCCACCAUGAUCAUAUUAUUUUGCCAAAUGUUAGCGGUCAGAUUGUACAAAUGAACAAGGAAUCUGUUCUUUACUGCACUCGAAUAAUUGGUCCAAAUCCAUCUCUAGUGAAGAAAAAGCACAGGAACAACUCUGAUUCCUCUGGUUUUUUUUUUGCAUUUCCAAUGUAGAAAUUAAACUGAACCUCUUCUUUUAAAAAA